CGGUGUGCACGCCGAGAACCAGCCAGUUUCCGCGUGGACUUGGUCGCAACGAGUACGCUCCGAGAUCCUUUCGCGCGCGAGCGUGCAUGUGCGUAUGUGUGUGUGUAUGUGUAUGUGUGUGUCCUCUUUUUCACGCGCGGCCUGCACAACACAACACGAGACGCGACACAACACACGGACAACGGUCGUGUGUCUCGUUGCGUGUCGCGCAACAUCGAGUGCACAAACGCGUCCCCGUGGAAAAAUGCGGUCACCCGGUAUCGUCGUCAGACACGUGAGCUUCGUUCAUAUUCUCCUGUGCGCUCUCGUGCUAUCUACCACGAGCGGUGCAGCAUCCUCCGGCUCGAACUCGACGAAAGUCACAGUGGACGAGGAGAAUGACGAAUCGUUGCCAGAGAUCACGCUGGAGGAAUUCAAAGAGAGGUACAGAAGAUUGAUACCCUACAUGACCUUCUACGUGGCCAGCAACUACGUAAACGCGCAAACGCCGAUUUCGCAAGCCACUGCUGCAAAAGAGGUACAGAGCAGUCCACUGGUGAGAAAAAAUCCGCAACCGUUCACCAGGACGAACACCGUGCCACGAAGAGUGACGAAUCCUCGUGUUAAUGUACAGAAUCAAGAGAAGAAGUUCGUUCCGUCGAUUCAAUACGAUCCGAGGAACGUGGGAGCCGAUAGUAGCUACUUCGCGCCUGUGAGAUAUAGUUCGAAGAUCAAUUACGACGAAUACUCGAUACCGUACCAGCUGUAUCAGGAUCAAAAGCUAACGUAUCCCGAGAUAACGACGGUACCCAGCAGCCAGUCUGCCCAUAAGGAGAAUAGAUUCUAUGCAAACGUGAGACCACCACGACCUUACACGACAAAUGGCAGAGAUCACCAGCCUAGAAAACAACCGGCUAAGCUUAUCCCUGGCAAUCUUCGAGAUGACUAUGCGUUCGAUUAUAAUGUCAGACCAAGUAGCGCACUUAAUUAUCCUGUGAAAGAUUUUCAAGAUCAUCGACAAGUCUUGCUAUCCAACGAUUAUCCGAGCGUGCUGGAACCUGUGCCAGAGACUGCGGAGAAGCAACCGCCUCCAGUUGCUCGACUACCUCAAAAUCCUAACGUGAACUUGCAGCAAAUAGUGGAGAGCUUUCAACUAAGUGAACGUUUGCCAGAAAUGUUGAGAGAGGACAACAUAGACAGCAGUUUAAAGACGCUCGCGGAGAUAUUGAAUAUUCUUCACGGCACGAAAACAGAAGAAUUCCCACAGAUUCAAGCACCACCCUUGACACCACUGCCACCACUACCACCCAGAGUACCCGCGAAACCAACGAGCUACAAAACGAGGCCGAAAACAAGGCCGAAAGUGAUCACCGAGACACGAUUUCAAGCUACGCCAAAUCCACUAUACUUGACCGACGAUCCUGAACGUUACAAAAUAUCGUCGUACGAAUAUAAAACGAAACCUCAGUAUAAACCGCCGCUUCAGUCGAAUUACAACACGAACAGCUUGACCAACAACAACGUGGUGGAAUAUUAUAUCCCGAUGGUGCAAGAGAUACCAACGAAACAGAAAGAACCGUUUCUGCCAACGAUCAAACCGCAAGCUAACGAAGGUCCGAUUGACCAUUCGUACGCGAUCACGGAGAAUCUAAGCGACGAUAUAUUGCAACAGGAGCGAUUCCCCUUGCCACCUGUUACUACGGAAAACCCGAUUUACAGCUAUGAUACGAAACCCAACGAGGCGGCGACCACGAAAGUGCCGUCGUUAAAAUAUGGCGCUACGAGAGGAAAGGCCAAUAUAGACUAUCCGGCCUAUUCUAGCAUACCUCGUACGAAUUUCAGCUGCAAGGAACAACGUUACAAGGGAUUUUUUGGAGAUCCAGACACUGGAUGCCAGGUAUGGCAUUACUGUGACCUUAACGGUGGUAAAUCAUCGUUUUUAUGCCCGAAUGGUACAAUAUUCAGUCAAGUUGCGUUAACGUGCGACUGGUGGUUCAACGUGAAAUGCGAAACAACAACUCAAUUAUACGUUUUAAACGAGAGACUCUACAAGUACAUUCUGCCGAUAAUGCCAAAGUUCCCGGAAGACUUCACUGGGCCAGAAGUAGAUCGGUAUUUAGAACUCAAGUUUAAAGAGAUGGAGGCAAAACUGAAGGAGAAGAAGCUAAAGAAGCAGCAGGAGAAAGGAGAAAAAGAAAGAGAAGGGAAAGCUCAAGAACAAACAACAACAAAAGAGAAACAAAAUGAAUAAUCGAUAUGUGUCUAGGUUGUAGUUAAAUUAUUAUGUAAUAUUGCUGGUUCAAUCUUAGCACGUAUUUAACGUAAGAGGGUCAGUUAAAAAGUUUCACUCGCUUGAAAUUUCUUGUGUAUUAAAGAUAUCCCGAUGAAACUUGGUGGAAAUAAUGUUUAAUAUCUCUAUUCCGAAGUUGUGUCAACGGCUUCGACGUUCCAAUGGUUUUUCAUUUGUCAUCAAUCGUAAAACAUGGCGUGUCCGCUGGAAGUAGCGUCCAAAUUGGAAAUCCGCGCUGUGAUUCGUUUUUUAUGGGCAAACAAGUGUCCCCGUAGUAAAAUUUAUCGUCAAUGACGUUUAUGAUCACAGUAAGAUAUCUCGUCAAGCUAUUGAUACGUUUUAUUCAAGAAUGACGAUUACCAGAAGAGAAGACUGUCAGCUAUGACAACGAAUGUUAAUGUUGAAUGUGUUAAGCACCCGAUUGAGGCAAGUAGGCAAAUAUCUAAAGAAAAAAUUCCUACAAAAAAAGUUUGUGUAUCUCGAUGGAUAUCUCAAUUGUUGACAAACACAAGAACGAUUUCGAGCAGCUUUGGUAUUUUUGCAUUGUUAUGGUACAAUGAAGGGAAUGAAUUUCUGGAGAUAGAAUAGUGAUUGGAAAUGAAAGUUAAAUCACUCUGAAAAGAAACAAAGUUCACAAAAAGUACUGUACACUUUUUUGCUAGAAUGACAAUAGUAUUCUUUGAUAAUCAAGGCAUUAUGAAUUCACACACCUCAAGAGCAUUAUCAUUAACACUUUGAGUGUCACUUCCACUUCUGGAGAAUUCUAUUUACUCACAUAGAAACGAUUUUUAUACUUGUUUAAAAAUAUAUUGAAUUUAAAUAAUAAAGUCUUAAUUUGUAGACAAAUAAAUAUAUAUAUUUUAUUCAUUCAAUAAAAUAUUAUAUUUGCAAACACAAAUUCAAAGUGUCAAUGCAAACACACACAGAUUCACAUAUUGUGAAACUUUGACAAGACUAAGAAAAGUAAUUGAAGAGUGACAACCAAGACAAGUGAAGAAAGGGAUUAUCCUCCAUAUCUACCAUAUCACAUUUGACAUGCUUCCUGAAAAACCCAUUGAAGAAAUUCAAGUAGGAAGUAUGACAACAUAUAGUCAAAAUAGUCCAAAAUUUUCAGUUUGAGACUUCCAUGUUUUUAGACCAAUGAAAACAAAGCAGUAAUAUUAUUUAAACAAAGAAUGACUAUCUUAAGACAGAAUCUUUUUGACAAAGAGAUUAAAAAAAUAGCGCCAUGAAUAUUUUGUAAUAUGAAAUAUAAUUAUGUGAACUAGCUUUUUGAUUGACCCUCACAUAUAUCAUGUUGCCAUUGUUUGUUAUAAAUAGCAAUGUACAAUUAUAGGUUGUGUCUCACUUUUAUCCACAUUGUUGGAUAUAGAGAAAUUUUGUGAAACUCAAAAAUGUGCAAUAUUUUUAUUAUAAGUUUGCGUGUUAUUUGUUUCUAUGUAUUGUGUAUUUAAUAAGGAAAUUUUUGUAUACAAUCUGUACGUUGAAAAAAUCAAAUUAUUGUAAUGUGUUUAAAACAAUUGGAAAUGCCAGAAACCAACACAUAUGGAAUAAUUGAUAAUGUCAGUAAACAUUUCUUUUCCCUCUAGUCAUAUUUGUACUGUGUAAAGAAUAUAUUCUUUACUACUUUAUAGAAAACUUUUGCAUUUACACAUGCAUUUUAGAAAUUAACAAUUAUAUAUUAUAUACACAAUAAUAUACAAGCAUGACAAUAAAUU